CUCCUCCCCAUUCCUCCAUUUCCAUUUCAGAUUCCAUUUCUCUCUCUCUCUCUCUCUCUCUCUAUCUGUGUCUUUCUCUCUCUUCUGAAAAGUGUUGUUGGGAGUUGGUAAGCCGGUAGCUGGUGGCUUGCUCUCCUCUCCCAUAUAUUUCCCCUCAAAUUCCUCACCUUCCUCACCAUCUCUCUCCAAUACCCAGAUCUUAAUUAUCUUCUGGACUUUCGCUCGAUUGGUUUGCCCGGGGAGUUGUCAUCCUCAAUUCACUUGUUCAAGACCCGAUAAUUUCAAGUAAAGGAAGAAUGGCUACCCCACCAGAGCCCACUAGGAUUGGCCUUGCUGGGCUGGCCGUGAUGGGCCAGAACCUGGCCCUCAACAUUGCCGAGAAGGGGUUUCCCAUCUCUGUCUACAAUCGGACGACCUCAAAGGUUGAUGAGACUGUGGAGAGGGCCAAGCAGGAAGGUAACCUCCCUGUUUAUGGCUUCCAUGACCCUGAGUCCUUUGUGAAGUCAAUCCGAAAGCCCCGCGUCAUCAUCAUGCUCGUCAAGGCUGGGGCUCCCGUGGACCAGACCAUAAAGACUCUCUCCGCUUACAUGGAGAAGGGAGACUGCAUCAUUGACGGAGGCAACGAGUGGUACGAGAACACUGAGAGGAGGGAGAAGGCCGUGGCUGAGUUGGGCCUGCUGUACCUUGGAAUGGGCGUUUCAGGAGGUGAAGAAGGUGCCAGGAAUGGGCCCUCUUUGAUGCCCGGAGGCUCAUUUGAGGCCUACAAGUACAUUGAGGAUAUCCUCCUCAAGGUGGCUGCUCAGGUCCCUGAUAGCGGGCCCUGUGUGACCUACAUCGGGAAGGGUGGGUCCGGGAAUUUUGUGAAGAUGGUGCACAACGGGAUUGAGUAUGGUGAUAUGCAGCUCAUUGCUGAGGCUUACGAUGUGCUCAAAUCUGUCGGGAAGCUCUCAAAUGAGGAGCUGAAGAAUGUUUUCUCCGAGUGGAACAAAGGGGAGCUCCUCAGCUUCUUGAUUGAGAUCACUGCAGACAUUUUCGGAAUUAAGGACGAUAAGGGAGAGGGCUAUUUAGUUGACAAGGUCCUUGACAAGACCGGUAUGAAAGGAACUGGAAAGUGGACUGUCCAACAGGCUGCAGACCUCUCGAUAGCGGCCCCCACGAUCGCUGCUUCCUUGGACUCACGGUUUCUCAGCGGGCUAAAGGAGGAGAGAGUCAAGGCAGCCGAGGUAUUCAAAUCAGGUGGCUUUGGAGACAUCUUGGCUGAUCAGGAGGUGGACAAGGAGAAGCUGGUUGAUGACGUCAGGCGUGCACUCUAUGCAGCCAAGAUCUGCAGUUACGCACAGGGGAUGAAUCUGAUCCGAGCGAAGAGCAUUGAGAAGGGCUGGGGCCUACAGCUGGGCGAGCUGGCAAGGAUCUGGAAGGGAGGCUGCAUCAUAAGGGCGAUCUUCCUGGACCGGAUCAAGAAGGCCUAUGACAGGAAUCCUGAUCUCGCAAACCUCCUAGUGGACCCGGAGUUUGCCAAGGAGAUAAUCGAGCGUCAGUCCGCAUGGAGGAGGGUGGUGUGCCUCGCCAUCAACUCGGGUAUCAGUGUUCCUGGAAUGUCCUCAAGUCUUGCCUACUUUGAUACUUACAGGAGAGCUAGGGUGCCGGCAAAUCUGGUCCAAGCCCAGAGGGACUACUUUGGUGCUCACACCUAUGAGAGGGUUGACAUGGAAGGCUCUUUCCACACAGAGUGGUUCAAGAUUGCUAAGCAGUCGAAGAUCUAAGAGUAAAAUUUAUAUCCUCUCGCCAGUGUAGAGGAGUGGGCGGAUAUAUCAGCAGCUUUUCUUUACCAAUUGCGUGCUCAAAAUUGUCUUGAAUAAAUUGACGAACUCCCAGAUUUUUCAAUUAAAAGUCCCUACAUUGGGGUUCAGACCCCAAAUUGUGCAUUACUUCAGGCUGCUGCUUAGUAUAUCUACUGACCUUUAUUUCAUUUGUAUUUCCCGACUGAAGAUGAACAAUGGAUGAUAGUUUUCCCUCUCAA